CACACUGCAAGAAUUUAUCCACUCACUGACUGUAUCUUCGUUUCAAUACUUUAUUGGAAACAAUCGUAUAUCAGACACAGAAAAUGAAGUUGAUUACUGUUGUCGUGUUGUUUGGUUUUGUAAUCCAAGCAUUUGCCCAAGAACCAGCUAAAGCUCAGCCCGAGCCAUCGUCUGAUGAUGAAGAGAAUCUAUCGAUUAAGGGUCUCGUCACGAGCGAUAUCGAAGGAGGCGGGGCUCGUCACAUAGUUCGCUUUAAACCACCUAAAUGCGCUGCUCCUACAUUUUACAAACCACCUAGACAGUGCAAAGGACAUUGCUCGACGACAUAUUGCAAUCUUAUUAUCAGAGAAGGAUACACCGAAUGCAAUUACUUGCCUCUUACGCUUGCUAGGGGUAUCAAAGUUAUAGGAGUCCAAUGCAAAUCUGGAUCGAAGUGCGGAGAUUACAACCAAUGCAAAUGUGUGACAUUGUUCAAAUCUAUCAAACUCACACGUCUAAUCGUCAUGUACAGCAAAAAGGGAUACCGUUCAUACUACUUUGCCAAAGUAUACAUCAGGGUGCCAUACACUUGCCAGUGCAGCAAGUAUUAGACUACAAGAUCCAACCUGAAGGAUUGAGGCAGAUUCAUAUUUUUUGAUAUACGAUCUGCUAUAUGUUUUACCAAGACUUCUUUUAAAUAUUAAAAUAUAUUGAUGCAUAAUA